GGAAGCGGAAGCGCGGAUCUCCCGGGAGCGAUGGCAGCCGGGGGUCCCAGCCGCUCGGAGCGCAAGGCGGCGGAGCGGGUCCGGAGGCUGCGGGAGGAGCAGCAGCGGGAGCGCCUCCGCCAGGUGUCGCGCAUCCUGAGGAAGGCGGCGGCCGAGCGCAGCGCCGAGGAGGGCCGGCUCCUGGCCGAGAGCGAGGACCUGGUGACGGAGCUGCAGGGCCGGAGCAGGCGGCGCGAGGGCCUGAAGCGGCGGCAGGAGGAGGUGUGCGACGACCCGGAGGAGCUGCGGAGGAAAGUGCGGGAGCUGGCCGGCGCCGUCCGGAACGCCAAGUACCUGGUGGUCUACACCGGCGCAGGGAUCAGCACGGCAGCCUCUAUUCCAGAUUACCGGGGCCCUAAUGGAGUGUGGACACUGCUUCAGAAAGGGAGAAGCGUUAGUGCUGCUGACCUGAGUGAGGCUGAGCCAACCCUCACCCACAUGAGCAUCGCCCGCCUACACGAGCAGAAGCUGGUGCGGCAUGUGGUGUCUCAGAACUGCGACGGGCUCCACGUGCGGAGUGGUCUGCCUCGCACGGCCAUCUCCGAGCUCCAUGGGAACAUGUACAUUGAAGUCUGUACAGCCUGCACUCCCAACAGGGAGUACGUGAGGGUGUUCGACGUGACCGAGCGCACCGCCCUGCACCGGCACCAGACGGGCCGGGCCUGCCACAAGUGCGGGGCCCAGCUCCGGGACACCAUUGUGCACUUUGGGGAGAGGGGGACGCUGGGGCAGCCUCUGAACUGGGAGGCAGCCACUCAGGCUGCCAGCAAAGCCGACACGAUCCUGUGUUUAGGUUCCAGCUUAAAGGUUCUGAAGAAGUAUCCUCGCCUCUGGUGCAUGACCAAGCCCCCCAGCCGGCGGCCCAAGCUCUACAUUGUGAACUUACAGUGGACCCCAAAGGAUGACUGGGCUGCCCUGAAGCUUCACGGGAAGUGUGAUGACGUCAUGCAGCUCCUCAUGGAUGAGCUGGGCCUGGAGAUUCCCCCCUAUAGCAGGUGGCAGGACCCAAUCUUCUCCCUGGCGACUCCCCUACGUGCAGGUGAAGAAGGGAGCCACACUCGGAAAUCGCUGUGCAGAAGCCGGGAGGAGCCCCCGUCUGGAGACCGGGGUGCACCACUUAGCUCAGCCCCUGUCCUAGGUGGCUGGUUUGGCAAGGGCUGCACUAAACGCACAAAAAGGAAGAAAAUAACGUAACCUGGUGCUGGACAAGAACAAUUGGCACUUUGCAGAUGACGGAACUCUGAUUCAGGGGCAAGGCCAGGACUGCCCCCGGGUCCUGUGAGCAUCCUCCGGGGAGGACUGCUUAGUCCUUGGUCCUAGCGGGAGCCGCCUUGGCACUGCUCUGGCCUCCUCGGGCGUGGGCCUUCGGACACCUGGCCUGUCCAGCCUCUUCUUAAAGAGGUGGCAGCCAUGCCUUUGUGCGAGUACAGAACUCGGGUUAUUUCACAACUGGCCAGUCAGGAGGAAGCACACGGCUGCCUUUCCUCCUUCACCGGGCUAGUCUCAGGGGCCUCAAGCCUAUUUCUACUGCUUCUUACUAAAACACGGUGACUUUAUAGCAACCUUUUUCUGAAUUGGAUUUGCGGCAGAGGGGUGGUUUUGGGCCUGGGCGCUCAGCAGGCCUUUUUAUUGUCAUUAAACAUUU